UCACACCAUGGCCACCAAGAUCGACAAGGAGCCCUGCCGAGAAGCUUACAAUCUAGUCCGAGACGACACCAAUGGCAUCAGCUGCUCGAUGAUUUGGGCUACAGAGUUCCCUUCCAGCUUUGUUCCCGGACGAGUGCGGCUCAGUCCUGAAAGAAUUUAUGAAACGCACAUCGCAGGGAGAGGACCGGGGGAAAAGAAAGACGGCUAUUUUUAUGUCUUUGUAAGCCGCGCGAGGUCGGAGCUCAGGACGUGUGGGAGAGGUUUGCCUGAGUGUGGGAGAGAUGACGUCAGGCUGUUCGCUUAUAUUAGGGUCACCACUGGAGACGCUCUGAGCAAGAGGGUGAAGUUUGCCUUAAUCACAUGGAUCGGCGAGAACGUUGGCGGCCUGCAGAGAGCCAAAACCGGCACGGACAAGACGCUGGUGAAGGACAUCGUGCAGAAUUUUGCCAAAGAGCUGGUCAUCACCGACCGCAAAGAUCUGGCUGAGGAUUACAUCAAGUCCGAGCUAAAGAAGGCCGGAGGUGCCAACUACGACGCUCAGACAGAAUAAUCUCACCGCGCUGCUUUUUCGUAUGAAGCCAAGAAGUCGCCGCAACGAAAACAACUGGAGAACCGGCGGAAGCUGUAAAAAAAAAAAAAGAA